AUGGAAGGAGUUACACAGCAAGUAGAUACAGCGACAGCCGUAAAAAAACUAAAAGAUCAGAAUGAGUACUUGAAAAAAGAGCUUAGUGAUAUGAAAUCAAGGCUUCAUAAAGCUGCUUUAAUCAUCAAAGAUUCAGAACGAAAACUCAUAAAUGCAGAUGUAAAAGAUAGCCAAUAUAAUUCAAUUAUAACUCAUAUAAAUAAUUUAAAGAAGACAGCUUUUAUUUUAAAGACAGAAAUUGCAGCUAAUUAUUCGGAAGAUAUUCCGAAGCUAGAAAAUGAAGUAAAAUUUUUAAAGAAUCAGCUGAAAAUAAUUGAUAAUGAGAUGGAAACACUUCAAGAAGUAAAAAAAAAGCAAGAAGCGAGACUAGUAGAACUGGCCAUUCCCAAUGAAUUAACAGUUCAAGCAAAAUCUGUUAGAGAAGAAAUCAAGACCACAAGAACUGAAUACAGAGAUUUCAGAGCUAAAGCAAUUGAAGAUCAGCAUAAAUGGAAAGAACUUCACGAGCAAUGAGUCAAUUUAGAUGGCAAAAUUAAAGAAUUUGAAUCUUCAAAAAAUAAUAAAGACGGAAAACCAAAAGAAACUGCUGAAGAAAACGCAAUGAAAGAGCUCAAUAAAAAACAAAAAAUUUUCAAUAAAGCAAUUGCACAAGAUGAAAUAAAAACAAAAAGAAUAAUAAUUGAUCAAGAAGUAAAGCUGCAAAGGCUUAAGGAAGAAGAUGAAGUCUUGAAGAGAAAAUUGAAUGAAAAAGAGCAAGAAGUCCAGCUUAAAAUAAUAAAAAUAAAAGAGCUGAAAAAUGUCUUACGACAAGUCCAAAGCAAUAAAAAAGGGAUAGCAAUCAAUAAUGGAGAGUCUGAUACAAAUACAUUUUUGACUUCUGUUGUUCAAGAAAUCCAAGCAAUGCCAGCUUUGACUCCCCAUCCAAUAUCAAGCUCAACUGCUGAGCUGUCAUCUAUUAUUAAAAGUAUUAGCCCAGAGCCAGAGGGAAUCGAUGAAAUUAAGGAAUUGUCAAAAACCACAAAGGAAAAUAUUUAUUCCAAGCCAUAUCUUAAAUUCCGUUAA